AUGGCGCAAGGAGCCAGCUUGGAUCUGUUUGGUGGUGGCCGCGGCGGCAGCAGUAGAGACUGCUGCUGCUGCUCCUCCGGAUCCUUUGGCUGCUGCCCCAAGGUGCACCGGCUGCUACCACAUCCCCGAAGGCUGAGAAGGGAAAGGAGCACUGGAGGGGGUGGGGGCAGAGAAGGAGGAGAAAGGGACGAGGAAGGGAGUAAUUUGCAAACUCUUGUGCACAAGUUGGAUUUCAACAAACAGGUCCAAAAGGGAGUACAGAAGGGGGCUGGGGCAAGUAGUCCGGGGAAAUACUGCCUUCCCGUCCCCCACCCCCACCCCUUCCACAUCCCCCUAACCCUCCGGGUGCCUGGAUGUCCGGCCGUGUGUAUCUCCAGUACAGUCUCCAACCGUACGAGGUCCUUAACAAGCCCGCCAGAUGUGGCCGGCGUUGUGGCCAAAUGUAGGGAACGGGUUGUCUUCUGGGACUAUGCUGCCUCCAACGUUCGCCUCUCUCUGAGCUCCGUGGACUGUGUGUGCGGUUGGGCUACCAGUCUCGGACGAAAAUCCCUCCACCACUCCUCCUUCCACUCCACACUAUCCACUAGAGGGCGUACUGGAGUCUCUGUAAAAAGAGUUCUUGCUUGGGCAGCCCCUGAAGCCGGGAUUGCUCAGAAAAGAAAUCCUCCAAACUUGGAGAUGGAGAGACCUAGGGGUUAUUUGGCAGGCAGUUCAGGCCUUGUGACCAAAGCUGAAAGAAAGCUCAGUUUUGAAUAUAUCUGGGGAAUGAAAGGAAAGUCUGAAGGUGCAGAGAUUAGUAUUGUAAAGGAACCUAGCAAGGCAGGGGAAUUAACCCCAGGGGCCAAGAGGAGGCAGUAUCGCCAGCACCGAUGGUGGCGGCUUUUUACCAGGAAACACGGUGGCAGUGUUGAUGGUGGCUGUAAUAUUCUUGCAGAGUCGUCCCGUGUCACCUCCCCACCCUGCUGUCUGUGUCCAGAGGGGGUACAUAGGUUUCAGUGGAUCAGAAACUUGGUUCCAGAGUUUGGUGUUUCUAGCUCUCACGUUAAAGUGUUAUCUUCUCCAGCAGAAUUUUUUGAGCUCAUGAAGGGGCAGAUAAAGACAGCCAGGAGGCGAGUAGUGAUGGCCUCUCUGUACCUUGGGACAGGCCCUUUGGAGCAGGAACUGGUGGAUUGCAUAGAAAGUAGUCUAGAAAGGUCACUCCAAGCAAAUUUUUCUUCAGACCUCAAAGUUUCCAUUCUCUUAGAUUUUACUCGGGGAUCAAGAGGUAGAAAGAACUCCCGCACAAUGCUGCUCCCAUUACUACAGAGGUUUCCUGAGCAAGUUCGGGUCUCCCUCUUCCACACUCCAAACCUUCGUGGGCUACUCCGCCUCCUUAUUCCUGAACGCUUCAAUGAGACCAUUGGUCUUCAGCACAUCAAAGUUUAUCUUUUUGACAACAAUGUGAUCUUGAGUGGGGCAAACCUGAGUGACUCCUAUUUCACCAACCGCCAGGAUCGCUAUGUGUUUCUGCAGGACUGCCCAGAGAUUGCUGACUUCUUCACAGAGCUUGUGAAUGCAGUAGGAGAUGUGUCCCUACAGCUUCAGAGUGAUGACACCGUACAGAUGGUGGAAGGGAUGGUACAUCCUUACAAAGGAGACCAGACCGCAUAUUGUGAGGCAGCCAACAAGAGGGUCAUGGAUGUAAUCAAUUCAGCUCUGACCCGGCAACAGCUACUCCAUGCCCAGACCUUCCAUGGUGACUCUCUUUUGACCCAAGAAGAUGCAGCAGCAGCUGGUGACCGGAGGCCAGCUCCUGAUACCUGGAUUUAUCCACUGAUCCAAAUGAAGCCUUUUAAGAUUCAAAUUGAUGAGAUUGUUACAGAGACACUGCUGACAGAGGCAGAGAGGGGUGCUAAAAUCUACCUUACUACUGGUUAUUUUAACCUGACCCAGGCCUACAUGGACCUGGUCUUGGGCACUCGGGCUGAGUAUCAUAUUCUGUUGGCUUCACCUGAAGUGAAUGGCUUCUUUGGGGCCAAGGGGGUGGCAGGUGCUAUCCCUGCUGCCUACGUCCAUAUAGAAAGACAGUUCUACAGUGAGGUCUGUAGCCUGGGGCAACAGGAGCGGGUACAGCUACAGGAAUACUGGCGGAGUGGUUGGACCUUUCAUGCUAAAGGCCUGUGGCUGUACCUGGCAGGGAGCAGUCUGCCUUGUCUCACGUUGAUUGGCUCUCCUAAUUUUGGAUACAGGUCAGUUCAUCGGGACCUGGAGGCUCAGAUUGCAAUUGUGACAGAGAACCGAGCUCUGCAGCAGCAACUCCAUCAGGAACAGGAGCAGCUUUACCGAAUGUCAGGUUUGGUGUCCUCAGCCACCUUUGAGCAGCCAAGUCGGUAUGUCAAGCUGUGGGUAAAGAUGGUGACUCCACUGAUUAAGAACUUCUUCUAAUGACAGAACCUUGUGACCAGUUGUUAGGUUAAAGGUCCAGACAUAAGUGGGGCCACGGAUGCGAGUUUUGUAGACAGGACAUUCAUAUACGUUUUUGGUU